CCUUUUGCAUUGCACUAUGGGUAAGCACUCUAAGUAGCCCGGCGACUAAUAUUUGGGGGCGGUUACCUAGUCAUCUCAUGUAUCAAGAGAGAUCGCCGAGGGUUUCAGACCAGUACACGGAACCUUGGAUAACAUGGCGGAAGAAGGAGAAAACAAUGGAGAUGUGAGCUGGAAUGUCAAAGUUCUUGACGCGAGCAAAGAUGGAGAGAUUUUAAAGUUCACGGUUCAAACUAAAACGAUGGAAAAUGAUGAGGAAGAAAAAGGUGUCAUAGUACUUCGGGAAUAUGAUGACUUCGAGUGGCUGUACCAUUGUCUUGUCACCCAUAACAAUAUAGACGCUGUAGUGGUACCGCCACUUCCAGCCAGACCUCUGGUCACAGCAACAGCCGCAGAAUCCAAGUCCAAAAAGCAGUUAGGUAAAAAUGCAAAGAAUAUGAUCGGGGAUGAGUUUUUUAAAGACUGCAGAAAUCUUGAGAAGUUCAUACAAUUGGUUUUAGCUCAUCCCGCUCUUAAGAAUGAUGGGGAUUUAGAGAAAUUCUUAACAGAGGAGCAGGCCCAGACAAGAACUAAAAUUAAGAAAGGGUUAUUUGGCAGCCUUAGCAAGACAGUCGGUGAAGUCAGAUAUCAAAGCCACAAGGAUAUAAAUGAUGAAUUUCAGAAACUUCGUGACUUUGUUGAAAAAUUUUCUUUGGCAAACAAAGAAUGCUGUAUGAACUUCACAAAAAUGGUGAAUGCACAGCAGCGGGUAGGUCUUAGCCUGGGCGAGCUGAGUGCCUCAGUAUCGACAGCAGCCGUCUUAGAUGAAGUUAGCAGUCAAAAUUUGAAGAGGACAUUCACACUAUUUUCAGAAGCGCUAACAAGCUCCAAGGAAUCUUAUGAGGUCAUGUCAGCAAAUGAUGAAAACACAUUGGGAUUCACAAUGGAUUUGUACUCAAAAUACAUGGACUCUGCUAAAGACAUGUUGUUCAGAAGAACAUGCAAGUUAGUGGAGUUUGAGAAUGCAAGCAAAGCUCUUGAAAAGGCCAAGCCACAGAAAAAAGACCAGUGUGUGCAAGCCAAGAAAGAAGCGGAAGAUGCUUAUACUGAGAUCACAGACCUUGCUUCCACAGAAAUGAGUCGGUUCAACCGUCAACGUGUGCUGAGCCUGCAGUCAGCAAUGGUCCAGUACGCGGAGUCGCGCAUUAAAAACGGCCGCGACACUUACGCCGUUCUCCUCAAGCUACUGAAUUACGUCAAGAAAGCAGACCACUCCUAGUGCGCAUGCGAUUACUCGAUUGAACCAGUUUCUAGGACCCUCCCGGUCAUAGCCUGCUUGCAGGCGGUGUAUUCGGUGUUAUUAUCGCGGAAAACCCUCUCCGUUCGGUGAUCGGGCGCCAUCAUGUAUUUUAAGCCGCGUGGUUCUUGGGGGCGAGCGCUAAAACGGACCCCUGCGUCCGAUGGUAACACCGACUACCGCCUGCAAGCAGGCUAUCUCGGUCACCGUGUUCCGUGUGGCUCCCGAACGAGGGUUUGAAAGUUUUUUUUAAUUGAAAAAUUCUGAUGAAAAUUUAAAUGGAUAAAUAGCAAUCGGUAUUGAAAUUCAAAAAAAAAUUAUAAUUCUUGUUAUCAAUAAGAGAUAUUGUACAGUUUAGUCGUUUCCGUUAUGAGUUUGAGGUUUUUCCGUACCGUCCAGCUUCCGUGCCAGUCCUACCUUCAGUUGAAUCAAAGUCAAACCCUACUCAUACAAUAACGAUUAUGUUACAAUUACAUAGUACAUCAGAACGGGCAACGAACUAAUUCACCCGUUCAAGCUUAUACAGAUAUAGAAUGCCUAAAUUUACCAUUAUAUUGAUUUUCCCCUUCUUCGUUAUAGCGAAGUUGCAGUGAAUUUUGUUUCAAAUUUCCGAUUUAUUACAAUCGUCCCUCUAUUAAGAGGUCACCACUGGUCCGAGAUAGAGGGACGUUCAAGUUAUCCGAGUAGAAAUAACUUUAGAAUUGUUAAUAGGAAUGUAUUUCGAGUUAGUAAUGAGUUCCACUUUUCAGGAGUCCUCUGCAUACAUUUUAACUGGGAUAUGGUGGCAAUGGGGUUAAACAAAAACUUUAACAUUUUCACAAAGACAAACUUCCAGGAAUUGUAUAUGUCGCGUCAGAAAUAUUGAGAAGAGAAUAGCAAUUAUUAUACGUGAUUGCCAUUAAGCUGCUCAGAUUUUAGCAAAUAAGAAUCCAAGUUAUUGCCUUCUACUGCGAUUUGACUACAAGAACGCCAAAAUUUAACGAUUUUCUAUUUUUAUUAUAUAUGACAAUUUGUUAAACUGAAAUCCCCCGCACCUUUCAACACUCGUAAUAUCAUAAAAGUUAUUUUUGUAAAGAUAGAUAGCAUUCAUAUUUUAAAUAAAAAGAAUUUGUUUCUUGGC